UAAAUCGCGAUAAAAUGUGUCUGUCACGUUAUUUCCAGCUCUGUUGAGGAGACACGUUAAAGUGACAUGUAUCAUAAAGUGGGAUCAAGCGAGACUCGGUUUCGUUGUAAUUGCGUCUCUUUUCUCAAGCCUGUGGGCGUUUCCUGGGGUAGGCGUGACGAUGUUUGUGGCGGGCGCUGCCGGUGGGCGGGCCUCUCGGGGUGAGGGAUUAUGCACAGCGGCGGCUCCGAGGUCCCCGGGCUGAGGUGAUGUGGCCCCUGGCCCCCAGCGCGAUGCUCUUCCUCCUGGGCGGCAUUUUGUUGUGUGGAGAGAUGGCUGAGCCUGCCGGAGGUCUCUUGGAAGUAACCAUCGGAGCGUUCACAGAACUGAAACUGGACCAAGCGUCCCCAACUGAAAUCCUCGUGCGCAACAUCCCGCAGAACUUCUCCUUCCUUCUCUUUCAAGUUCACACCCAGUUCCAGAACGUCACGCUCUCGCUCAGCAAGAUCCCCAGUAAAAAUGAUUCCGACACCGGCAGUGACACGGGAUUAGUCACCAUCCUCCAGCCAGAGCAGGUGGUUUGCACGUGGUACCUGGAGUCUGCGUCUCCCAAGCAGCUGGUGGCUUCAGCGGUUACCAUACCCUACACAGAGAGAGAUCCGAUCCCUGGGGCUUGUAACUUGGAGUUCAGUUUGGACGUUUACCCCAAUCUUCAUUUACAGUAUAAUUUGUAUGAAACAGUCAUAGAAUUUGCUCCGGCGAAUCUGGGUCACGCCAGAGGGCAAAGCGCUCCAGCGUGCGACGUGAAGACCGACCUGAACUCCAGAUGGCGGCUGCUGUAUGAUGUCUACCAAUACUUCCUUCCGGAAAACAACCUCAACGAAUCCACCCUCCUCACCCACCUGCGAAGAAUGUCUAUGGUCCAGCAAGUGAUGGCAAACGGCAUGAAGUUGGCCACCCUGACAUCCAGUGACCUGCCAUCCGUGUCCUUCGCUUCCAUCCCAGGACAAGGCGUGAUUUACAGUGUGAUCGUGCGCGACCCCGUCCUCAACACCUCAGCGGCGUAUGUUCCCGUUCAUACGUACGCCUGCAACUUCACCGCUGCUGUGGACAACUGCUAUACCCUGGGGAAAGUUUCAACUAAAAUAUUUUUCACGUUCUGUGGCCUCAUCGGUCUCUUUCUCUGUUUCUUCGGGCACAGAUUUCUGAAAACAGAUUUCUUCUUCGUGGGUUUCGUUAUCGCCGGGUUCCUGAUGUUUGUUCUCCUCACCAGAGUCACUCAGCUUGGAUAUGACGCGCGGUUGGGUUUGACGGCCUUAAGCGGAGUCGUCGGGGGCUUCCUGCUGGUGGCGUCCUGGUGGAGAUGUGGCAGCGUCUAUGCCUGUGUGCUCCCCGUGGGGCUGGUUCUGGGAUUCCUCCUGGCUUCGGUUGUUUUCUUCACUCCAAUAGGGGAAUAUGAAGUUUUUCGAGACAGCAGAGUGUUUUGGAUGACUUUCUCGGCCAUUACCGCCGGCUCUGUGCUGCUGCUUCCUCUUCCAAAAAUUCUGAAUAUACUGAGCUGCGCGCUGGUCGGCUCGUACACCGUGGUGUUGGCCAUUGACAGCUAUCUGUACACAAGUCUCUCCUACAUCACAUUAAAUGUUCUCAAGAGAGCGCUAAACACAGAAUUCAGCGCGGCGUAUACCAGCGUUCCUUUCCAGACAAACGAUUUCAUAAUGAUCGCGUUAUGGGCUGUGUUACUGGUGGCCGGAGCGGGCACUCAGUUUUACAGGGAGAGGGAGCGCCCACCUUUCCCUCCGACCCCUUACCUGGUUUGGAAACGAGACCGAGAAAGAAGGAAAACCAAUGUUUUGGACCCGAGUUACCACCUGCCUCCCCUGAAGGAUCGGGUCCUUCUCAGACUGGCCCAGUUCCGGGAGAUCUUCCGAAGGGAGCAGCCUGCGGGGGAGAGGACGCCGUUACUUCUAUAACCCACUUUGGGGCGGACGUUAUCCAGAGAGAGGGGCAGGAAGCCCAGAGAUCUGCACCUUCUUAUCUUCGCUCCCAGCACUUCCCGAGGAAACGUCUGGGCAUCCGAAAGCACACGUGAUCCUCCGUACCUUCUGUCCGCAUUCACGCGCCUGUGAGGCACAGAAUGGAGACCCAUCCAGAAAGUACUGGGGAUACCAAGAAGACCCAAGGAGUCUGACCCCAUGCCAGGCUGUGCCCAAAGCUCCGUCCCGGGGAACCCACGGAUAACACCAUCAAUAACAGAACUCCUCAAAGCACAUGACAGCGACAACAGAGUAUUAUUACAUCAGCAAAAGCUGGUUUUGCAGGUCCUUAGAGGCUUGUAGAUAACCCUUUGACAUCAUCAGGAGACGCCAAAUACCUCCAGUAAUUUUGAUGAUGUUGCAUGACUGCAGCUCUGGUACACUUUACCCCUGAGCCGGUGGCACGUGAGCCUCAUUAACCCUUUCAGUACCAUCUGGCUAGCCUCCUAAGGGUAAUAUCGCAGUAUUGUAUUUUCCGCACUGGUUAAAAAAAAAAAAAAAAAAAACCUCAGGAAUCUUUCAGACGUUUCUAUUCUGUAUUAAAAUGUGUUUGUUACAAGCAGGAAGCAUUGUCUAUAGAUUCA